ACUAGCUCUACUAGAAAAUAUAAUGGACCCACGACACGCGGAGGACCCGCUUCUCUCCUCUCGUCAGUACGCAAUGCAGCACAGGCUCUUAGAACACCCCACCUCCUCAGCCUCCUUGCAAAGAGGAGACCAGGUGGCCCCCAGAACCCCUCAUCCACAGGGUUCACAAAGACAGGUGAUGGUGGGGGACAGGCUCAUGAUAAUGAACGAUGCGGGAGGGUUGGACGAUCCCCAUGGCUUGUGUGAGAGUAUUAUACCGGAACACAUCCAUAUUAAGAGACCGAUGAAUGCGUUUAUGUGUUGGGCACAGAUAGCGAGAAGACGACUAGCAGAUGAGAAACCUGAGUUGAGAAAUACGGAACUUAGCAAGAUAUUGGGCCAGAUGUGGAAGGAACUGAACAAGGAUCAGAAGAACCCCUAUAUAAAGAAAGCAGAGCAGUUAAGACUCCAACACAAAUCCCAGUAUCCCAACUACAAAUACAGACCAAAAAGGAAGAGGCACUCCAAGUACGCUAUAGUACCGUCCCCUGAGGUACUAAGUCCACCUAUAGGGAGUAGUCCCUCCAGAUUGAGUCCUAAAUCUGGAGAUAACAAGUUGUCCCAUCCGAGCUACUUGUGCAACAUUGUUAAGGAGGAGAACCUCUCCGUCUCACUGCUCCACGCAGCCUCAUCCUCUGAGGGUCCAAGAGGGAAGGACAAGAUCUCUUACAACACCCUCCACAACUACGGGAGACAGGCUAUGUCGGACGUGCUGAAGGACGCAGCAGGAUAUUACCAUGGUUACAGAUAUAACCCCUAUUAUAAUGAUUUGGCCAGUUACACGCGAGAAAUGGGGUACUAUCAAGCUCUGCACCAGCAGCAACAGCAGCAACAACAACAGCAGCAGCAGCAGCAGCAGCAGCAGCAGCAACAGCAACAGCAACAGCAACAGCAACAGCAACAGCAACAGCAGCAGCAGCAGCAGCAGCAGCAACAGCAGCAGCAGCAGCCUCAGUCACAACAGCCUCAAACACCAUUCCCCACUCAUUCAUCUUCAGGAGUUCAGUUCAACGUGUCUCCUACAUCCUCUUCAAACGUGUCCUCUCCAACAGUUACCAGCUCUACUCUGUUUGUUGAGGAACCACCUCUACACGACGCUAGAAAACAGGAGAGAUGGAACAUGAAGGGACAUCAAGGAUGUUCGAUAAAAUUAGAGCCUAGACACAUCGGACAGGCGACAACUCUAGAAACAGAAAAGGUUUCAGAUUCAGCACGAUUGCUGAAAAUAUCGAAUAUAACUGGGCGAAUGGGCCCCCUGGAAGCUACGAAUCACAAAACAGAAAUACCUCCAAUAGCGUCUUACAUCCAAUUCUACACGGGACAAAACUGACGCUUACUGCAGCUAUAAAUCUUAUAACAGAAUAUUGAAAACCAGGACUUAUUAUAUGAUUCAAGCUGACCAUUUAUUAAGCUGGUUGCACAUAUAUGAUUAAUUAAGCAUGUCGACCGGCUUUUGCUUAGGCUCGAUAAAAGAUUAGCUGGUUCAGCCCGAUCAAUUUUAUUUUAAAGAUUCCUUGCAUAGCAUCUUAGCAUUUCCUGGGAAACCCCCACCUCUAUACUAGAACAGUUACCCUUUCCAAGCUCUCUUUACCAAGCAACUUACAAGACGUUAGGGAACAUUAUUAGUUAAAUUAUGAGAUUCUUAUUACUUACAAACCAUCCGUGACAAUUUAGGGGUUUAAUAUUUGUUGAUUUCAUACAGUCUUUUAUGUUUUUAUAAUUUUCUUGUUGUAAUGACAAAUAAUCUGUUAAUUUUGAUUGACGUCGGUUAUUUCAACCAUUUUAAUAAAUGAAUUCUAUACAUAGGAGUAGGACUAUAUAUUCAUUGGUUCUAAGUUUUCUAGUUUUUAUUAUUUCGCUUAAUUAACAAUUUGACUUUGAAGAAAUG